AUGUCUGGCAGCCGCACCGCUCGGCUGGAGCCAGACACGCGGCGCUGCAGGAGUGUGCAGCCCCGCCACCCAGAGCGCUGCCUGCAUGGCGACAUGGCUGCGGGAUUCCCCAUUCCCAAACCAGACCUGAUCGCCCGGCUGGAACGAGGGGAAGAGCCGUGGGUCCCGGAUCUCCAGGCCGGUGAGGAAAGGGAGAGUCUGAGAGGCACCCGCACAGGUGAUAGGACAGUGAGUGAGAACAAGGAGGAGAAUCAGCAGCAGGAAGUUCCUGGGAAAUUGGAACCGCAGGAGACUUUUUUCAGAAGCGCCAAAGGGAAUUUUUCCCAGGGCUUAGAACCGGGAAAUGCCUGGGGAGAUCAACACAGAUCAGUGAUGCAGCUGGGAAACUGUCCCAGGAAGAAACUGGAUGAAUGCAUUCAACGUGGCGGAGGAUGCAAGGAUCCCGAGGAAACCCCAGUCCAGCAGACAAGUCACAAUGAAGUGAAACCUUACAAAUGCCUUGACUGUGGGAAAAGAUUCCUUUUCAGUGCAAACCUUAUUAUUCAUCAGCAAACCCACACUGGAGAGAGACCUUACAUAUGCCUUGAGUGUGGGAAAAGUUUCAGUUUGAAAUCAACCCUUAGUACACAUCAGAAAAUCCACUCAGGAGAGAAACCACAUAAAUGCCUGGACUGUGGGAAAGGCUUCAUUCAGAAGUCGCAACUUAUACACCAGAGAGUACACACAGGAGAGAGACCAUAUAAAUGCCUUGAGAGUGGGAAAAGCUUCAUUAAGAGCUCAGCGCCUACCAAACAUCAGAUAAUUCACAAGGGUGAGAGCAACCCUACGAAUAGCUUGACUGCAGGAGAAGAUUCAAUUUGACUUCACACAUCAGUGAUCAACACAACAGAGAGACCUUGAAUGUUGGGGAAGGUUCAUUUGGUGCUCCCAGAGUAUCAGGCAUUUGCAGAUCUGCACAGGGAAGAAACCUGUGAGAUGUUCUCAGUGUGGAAAAUGCUCCAAGUGGAGCUAACACUGUGUUGGACAUCAGAGACUACUCCACAUAGCAGGGAAAUUCUCUCAGGGCCUUGACCAAGGCUGGCCAUGGUGACAAACCCAUUUCCUUGUUCCCUCGGACAUCAGGGGCAUUUGGCUCCCGAGG